GUUUGGGUAGGCUUGCCCUUUCCUUUUGCAAGGAGGGCGGGGGCUGGGGAGGGUUGUUUCGCUUUCGUUUCUUGGCUGCUUUCCGUUGCUGGGGCCAACCUCCUCGCAGAUUUGACAGCAUGUCUGCCUGCUGUACUGUCUGCGUCCGGGGAUAUCCUACCAGUUUGCCACCAGAACGGAUUGUCGACAAGCUGAUGAUCCAUUUUCUGAGAACACGCAACGGUGGAGGAGAGAUCGUCAACACUGAAUUUACACCAGAGUUUCCAGACUGUGCUGUAAUCACCUUUGAGGAUGCAACAGUGGCCCAGCGGGUUCUGAAGACAAAAGAGCAUAUCUUGUCUGUCGAUGGGAAAAAGUACCCUUUGGAAGUGACUCCAUACCCAGUUGAACUCAACCCCAAUGAGAUCUUUGUGUGUGUCAGCAUGAAGAUCGAUUAUGGAAGUUUCCCCAAUGGGAAAGAGAUCCUCUGCCGUCUCCAGAAGCAAUACGAAGAUGUGCGCAUCAAGUUUGACUCCCAGGAGAUGACCUGCUCUGUCAAAGGGCCCUACACAGUAUUGCAAGCCUUCAAUUCUGAACUGUUGAGAUGCCUCAAGAACAAGCAAAGCAGAAGUCUCUCUGCAAGUCAAAAGAGAUCUUCAGCCAAGCCUUCAGGAAAUGGAGCCUCACACCAGGAGGAGACACAAAGAGAGAAGAAACAGAAUGAUGGCAAGCUAUUACUUGCCCAAAACUUUGGGGAGAGCCAUGUAGAGCCAGUGGAGGAUUUCUCUUUGGUGAUAGACUCUGAUGUUUACCAUUAUAUCCAGGCAUUCUGCAGUCAGGAAAUCAACCAUGUCUUGAGUCAGCACAAGGUGGACGUGGUGGAUGUCAGCAGUGAUGGUGUCACCACCCUUUAUAUUCAAGCCUCAUCCAGUGAGACUGGAGGCAUGAGUACUCUUGUGCCUGCUCACCAGGCCAUCUCUCGGCUUUCCCAGAAGUUAGAAGGCACUUUGCGCAAAGAGAAGAUCAAUAAGAAAGAAUUGGGGAUGGAAUGGGGCACAGAAUUUCUGAGGGAGCUGCGGAAGCUCUGCCCACAGCUAUUGUGCCAUGAAGAUCAUGAGUAUUUCUAUCUUGUUGGGAAUUUGGUAGAUGUUUCUCAAGCAAAACUAUUUGUCCAAGAUUUCACUGCAGCGAGGAAAGUAGUGCAGGAUCAUCAGAAACCUGGUCUGCCUCAAACAUCACACUUGCCGCUGAUUAAUGGGCAAAAUGUUAUGCCAACCCAGUUGGAGUUGCCUACAGAAUCUGUGCCAAGGAAAGUGAGUUCACCAACAUUCAGUGACAAAGCUAAGCACAAACUGGCUGCCAAAUUCAGCUCCAGUGCCUCACUUUCAUCUGUUUCAUCUCAAGAUAAUCCAUUAGCAGAGCAGCUCCCUAGAGACUUCCUUCAGACAUUUGAUUACCAGAUCCCAAGCAGUGAACUGCAGUUUUUACCUGCUACUGAUAAUAAAUCAGAGGACCAGAUGAGGCCAUUCUUGCAGUCUGAGAAAGCCCCACAAGCAAUGAAGGAAGAUCUACUGCAUCUUAUGUCUGGAAGUACUUUGUCAAGUACUGAGGGUAUCACAAGAUUUGACCUUAAGGGGCCUUCAUCUCCCCAUGUUGGCUCCAAUACUUUCAGAUCCUUAAACCUUUUUGAUACUACAAGGUAUGGAGACCACAAAGUUUCAAAACAAAGGCCUUUUCUCAGAAGAUCCAGCAGUUUACAGAACCCACCGGACAGUAGCACAUUAAUGGAUGAGUCACAAAUAGCAGCCGCAGUCAACAUGGACGACUUGAAGCAAGAGAGCCAAGAACAUAACCAGAGGGAGAAAAGCAAGGAAGGGGCAUUUCAGAUGGAGAAUGAACGGGAGAGGGAUUCUCAGAAUAUAUAUACUGGUGUCUCUGCUUCACUUACAGUCCAAAGGGGCGAUGGGGAGCUUUUAGAUACUAAAAAAACAGAUAGCCUUGCAAGAUAUUUUGACCACAUCAGGGACAACUUCAGUUACUCUGAGCUAGCCGUAGAAGGACCUGAGGAUGAGGCUCUGAUUGGCCUAUGUAACUACCUGAAAGGCUGCCAUGAGCAUGUUCUUGUCAACCGAGAAAGGUACAUGCUGAGUCUUGCCUACCCUCGUGAAGUGAAGUUGCAGAUCCAGGAGGCAUUCCGCUCCUUCUCAGAGAAGAGGAUGGCUUCCUUGUCUAAAAGGCUGGAUUCUUCUGAGGCACAGCAAGAGAAGAGUCAAGAGGAGAUCCAGAAGAGUCUCCAGCAGUUGAAGGAAGAUAAUAGAGCCAACCUGUCAGAGGGCCUGCUUGACUCAGGUGGCCCUCCUGGGGAGAAAUUGUCCUCCCAGACUGAGAGAUUGCUAGGUGUCAGAGGCGCCCAUCCAUUGAUGCAUGAUUUCCCAAGUGACCGGAGCCUUGACAAAAACCCAGACACCUGCAAGCAAGGCCUCCUCAAAAAGUCAGUUGCAGAACUCAGACCAGGAUUGCCAGACAAGUUCCACUUUGGACAGAGCUGCAGCAGAGAGAGAGGCAGCCGUAUAACUGAGAGGGGUCCUCAGUCUUUGCCUAUUCUGCCUCAAGGGACUUUUGACUCCACACCAUCGCAAACGGCAGGCAAACAUACCUUGCCAACUGAGGAAGAUGUUACCUUAGAUAUGAACCUAAGAGCUGCCCCCCCAGGAAGGGAAUCCACAGCCGGGGUGUGUGACUUGUGUCAAAGUUCACCCCACACCCCAUGCCGCCACAUCCUUUCCAAGGCCUACGCCUCAACAGAGAGCAUUUCUCCACCUCAUGGCCACGUAACGCCAUGCCGCGUAACACCCACCAUCCCUGGAACUUUCACAGCUGCCACUUUGUCACAGUUCCUCCCUGGCUAUUAUCGAGACCCAACACUGAAAGUGAUAUAUGACAUUCCCAAUGGGGUGCAACAGGCAGGACAUCCUCGCCCAGGUUGUCCAUACCGAGGAGGCCGCUUUGAGGCUUUCCUCCCAGACAAUCCAGAGGGACGACGAUUGAUGUUGCUCCUACGCAAGGCAUUUAAACAUAACCUGAUCUUCCAAAUCCAGACCUGUGGCACAGAAGAAAAGGUGGUGUGGGGAUCCCUUCCCCACAAGACCUCCAUGGAAGGGGGAAAGGUCAGAAACGGCUAUCCAGAUUCUCAGUAUCUCCAAUUCCUCCGCCUAAAGCUGAAAGAGCUGGGCAUUGAAUGAAGGCAUACCUCCUUUUCCCAAAGAAUCUUGGAAGACCAGCAACUUUCCAAAAGCCAGCCAUCAUUACAACCAACCCCCUCCUUGGCUUCAAAGCAGUCUGGAGAAUAUACUGAGGGAUAAAAGGCAUUAUUCUAGACUUCACGUGCUUUGACCACCCACCUGCCACUCAACUAUGAAGAGAUGCCAUUUUCUGCUCUCUUUCUCAUCCACAACGCACUCUUUUAGGGUCAUCUUCAAACUGUUUCGUUUUCUUAUUCACUUAGCACUUCAACCUCUUCCCUAAAGUUCUGACAAUGUGAGGAAUAUCUGUAGGCACAUGUAUUUCAAGGAAUCCCUUACAAUAAGGACAAUUCACAUUUCUCAAGGACUGCUUUCCAAAGAUUUUGGCAUAAGGCCUCUCUUAGGGAAGCUGCCCUUCACCCACCCAUUUAUAUGGAUUCUCCUGUAGAGAGAGUCACAUGAGAAGAUGUAGCCCUUGCAUGGUUGACAUUUCUUUGAUGGCAUCUUGUGACUUUUUAGUUAUUUAGACCAUUACAUAAUGCUCAUCACAGGACUGAGAAAGUUCCACUUUUCUCCUUCACAUCAAGAUGCAGGACUUCCCUAUUCAGAAAUGAUUGUGCAAGAACAAGCAGAUGAUGUGUGAUUAGUUUACACAUCUGAGCCAACAUUUUUCCUGUACACACUCCACUGUUAGGGUAAGAGCUUGUAUAAGGUAAAUCUGAGAGAGAGGUGGUCUCUUAGGCCAUUUUAUGAUGAGGUUGUGACCAGUCUCCUAAUCAUGGAGUGAGAACUCUUCUCCCUAGAAAGAAGGGAAGCAAGUAAGCAAGGAACAGUCAUUGUCUUAAUUUCUUUUUCUAGCUGCCUUAAUAAUGUAGCUUGGGCUUAUAAAAUCACUGUAAAUAGUUGUUUUCCAAAGCUUGCUGUUUUAUUAAUGCAAAGGCUGUGUUCUAAGAACAGUGUUUUCAAAAAAUGAAUUGAGGUUUAGAAAAUGGUUUAAAGUCCCUUCUGGAACCAAAUGUUGGAUCUUAUAAAACUGCAGAUUUCUUCUGGAUACAAAGGAACAGCCCUAGAGGCAGUAAAAAAUGUAAUAAAGAAGGUCGUCUUUCUCUUUUUACCAUAAAUAAUUGUUUAGCUCUCUUCUUUUCAACAGUUUCUUUCGCUAAACCCAAAUUCUCAAAUACUUUGAGACUUUUUUUCACAAACGUUGGAUGACCUCCGCAGAGAACUAGACAGGGGGAGUGCAUCCCUUCUGGUUCUCCUGGACAUCUCAGCGGCUUUCGAUACCAUCGACCAUGGUAUCCUUCUGGGGCGGCUCUCGGGAAUGGGUCUUGGGGGCAUUACUUUGCAGUGGCUCCGCUCCUUCCUGGAGGGUCGUUCCCAGAUGGUGAAGCUGGGGGACACCUGCUCGGACCCCUGGCCAUUGACCUGUGGGGUCCCGCAAGGUUCCAUUCUCUCCCCCAUGCUUUUCAACAUCUACAUGAAACCGCUGGGAGAGGUCAUCCGGGGUUUUGGAGUUCGGUGCCAUCUCUACGCAGAUGACACUCAACUCUACUACUCUUUUCCACCAAACUCCAAGGAAGCCGCUCAGACCCUAAACCGGUGCCUGGCAGCUGUGUCGAACUGGAUGAGGACUAACAAGUUGAAGCUUAAUCCAGACAAGACAGAGGCCCUCCUGGUCAGUCGUGGGACCAAUUGGGGUAUUGGGUGGCAACCUGUGCUCGACAGGGUUGCACUCCCCCUGAAGGCGCAGGUCCGCAGUCUGGGGGUCCUCCUGGAUUCAUCUCUGAUGCUUGAUGCCCAGGUGUCGGCGGUGGCUGGGAGGGCCUUUGCACAUUUAAAACUUGUGCGCCAGCUGCGACCAUACCUCGAGAAGUCUGAUUUGGCCACGGUGGUCCAUGCCUUAGUUACAUCCAGACUGGAUUACUGCAAUGCUCUCUACGUGGGGCUGCCCCUGAAGACGGCCUGGAAACUCCAACUGGUUCAAAGAUCGGCAGCCAGAUUUCUAACGGGAGCCGGCUAUAGGGAGCACACAAUGCCCCUAUUAAAGCAGCUCCACUGGCUGCCGAUAAACUGCCGGGCCCAAUUCAAGGUGCAGGUUUUGACCUAUAAAGCCCUACACGGCUUGGGCCCUACCUAUCUCCGUGAUCGCAUCUCCUCCUAUGAGCCAGUGCGGACCUUGAGAUCUUCUGGGGAGGCUCUUCUCGCGCUCCCACCACCGUCUCAAGUGCGGCUGGUGGGGACGAGGGAACGAGCCUUCUCGGCAGUGGCCCCCCGGUUCUGGAAUGCAUUGCCAAAAGAGAUCAGGCAAUCCCCUACAUUAUCCAAUUUCCGUAAGGAACUGAAGACCUGGUGGUGUUGGCAGGUUUUUGAGUAAUUAUAUUGGACUACCGCCGAUUUCUGAGCCUGAAUAUAUUGCAUAAGAUUUCCCCUUAUGGUUCCCGUCCCCUUGAUCUGGUCAUGUAAGUGUGAUUUAUUGUUAUAAUUGUAUUAUUUUACUUUGUUUAAUAAUGUGUAUUAUGUUGUUAUGUAAUGUUUGUGUUGCUUUUAUGACUGUAAACCGCCCUGAGUCCCAUCCGGGAGAUAGGGCGAUAUAUAAAUAAAGUUUUAUUAUUAUUAUUAUUAU